AUGUUUUGUCCUCUCAGAUUCCUACAUAAGCGAACUAUUCAUAUUAUGUUGUCUUCACAAAGUUUGUGGUUUGCUUUUGAAUUGCGUCAGGCGGUAUUCUUGAAGUGGUUUGUUACUAAGAUCAGUUUUUUGCCCUCACUGAAAAAUAUUGCCACAGUGUCAAAACCAGCUCAUAUAUAUAAACACCUCAAAAGAAAAGCAGAUUUUCGAAAAUGA